AUUUGGAACAGUGCAUUCGAGAAAGUCACAAACGACUCGCAAUCCAUAAUCAUCCGAAAGCGGGAGCUCUUAGUAUCUUUGGACAUCCUUAUCAUGUCUUACUACUACUCGGAGGUAGAAUGGAAUUCCGAUUACGACUCCACCUGGGAGGACGAGAAGCUGGAGCCCCCCAAAAAGAAAAAAACAAAGCCACAGUAUCAGCGCAACUAUGUGAACAGAGCAGCAAGGGACAUGCAGAACUACAGACAUGGAUAUGGCCAAACUGAUAACUACCAGGUACAUCAGGAUUAUAUGCCAAACCUUGCAUUCUACCAGAACAAGAUUGCAUUUGAACCUUACGGAGUAACAAUAGAGGAAUUUCAUCGGGACUGGAGAGAAGACUAUGAAGAACUUGAAGAAAAUCACAGCUUCAUCCAGUGGUUGUUUCCACUACGAGAGCGCGGUGUGAACCCAAGAGCUCUCCCGCUGACCCUGGCAGAACUCAAGGUGAUGAAGGCAGAUGAUGACGUCAGGCGGCGGCUCCUGGAGUCUUAUAAGCUCAUGUUGGGGUUUUAUGGCAUACAACUCCUGAAUGAGGAAACUGGAGAGGUGUCCCGGGCGGAAAACUACAAGGAGAGAUUUCGCAAUCUAAACAAUCACAGCCACAACAACCUGCGGAUCACCCGGAUCCUGAAGUGUUUGGGGGAGAUGGGUUUUGAGCGCCUGCAGGCCCCUUUGGUUCGGUUCUUCCUGGAGGAGACCUUGUGUAAUAACAACCUACCCAGUGUGACAAGGAGCGCCCUGGACUAUUUCAUGUUCACUGUAAAGGACAAACAGGAGCGCAGGGAGCUGGUACAAUUUGCCUGGGCAAACUACAAAUCCCAGGAACCAUUUAUCUGGGGGCCAGUACAGAAGCUCCGAAAUCUUGAAAAUGACAGGAAAAAAUUAGGUAAUAAAGUAACUGCAGAGAAACAAGAUGAGGAAAACCCAAGUUUAAAACAGGAUGAGGCAGCAGGAGGUGGAGAUGCCCCAUAUGUUGCUUGGGAGCCCAAUCUUGAUGUUCUGCCGAAGCAUGAGCUUGGUGAAAGUUUAGGGGAGGCCGGAUCUGAUGAUGGUGGAUCUGGGGUUGCUUCUGGGAGGCCCCACCAUGAAGUUCUGCAGAAGAAUCAGACUGGUGAGGUCUUAGAGGAGGCAGGAGUUGAUAAUGGUGGACCUGAGGUGGACGAGCUGGGGGCCCUUGAUAAUGUCCAUCCUAGAGAAGCUUUAGAACAUGAAGAUGUCGUAUCCAACUCAAGAAAGGAGAACCCGACCACAGAGAGGAAAAGUACAGGGAAUGAACAGAAGAUAACAGAGGACAAUAGCACAGGGAAUGAGCAGAAGAUAACAGGGGAUAAAAGUACAGGGAAUGAGCAGAAGAUAACAGGGGAUAAAAGUACAGGGAAUGAGCAGAAGAUAACAGGGGAUAAAAGUACAGGGAAUGAACAGAAGAUAACAGAGGACAAUAGCACAGGGAAUGAGCAGAAGAUAACAGGGGAUAAAAGUACAGGGAAUGAACAGAAGAUAACAGAGGACAAUAGCACAGGGAAUGAGCAGAAGAUAACAGGGGAUAAAAGUACAGGGAAUGAACAGAAGAUAACAGGGGAUAAAAGUACAGGGAAUGAACAGAAGAUAACAGAGGACAAUAGCACAGGGAAUGAGCAGAAGAUAACAGGGGAUAAAAGUACAGGGAAUGAACAGAAGAUAACAGAGGACAAUAGCACAGGGAAUGAGCAGAAGAUAACAGGGGAUAAAAGUACAGGGAAUGAACAGAAGAUAACAGAGGACAAUAGCACAGGGAAUGAGCAGAAGAUAACAGGGGAUAAAAGUACAGGGAAUGAGCAGAAGAUAACAGGGGAUAAAAGUACAGGGAAUGAGCAGAAGAUAACAGGGGAUAAAAGUACAGGGAAUGAACAGAAGAUAACAGAGGACAAUAGCACAGGGAAUGAGCAGAAGAUAACAGGGGGAAAAAGUACAGGGAAUGAACAGAAGAUAACAGGGGGUAAAAGUACAGGGAAUGAGCAGAAGAUAACAGGGGAUAAAAGUACAGGGAAUGAACAGAAGAUAACAGAGGACAAUAGCACAGGGAAUGAGCAGAAGAUAACAGGGGGAAAAAGUACAGGGAAUGAACAGAAGAUAACAGGGGAUAAAAGUACAGGGAAUGAGCAGAAGAUAACAGGGGAUAAAAGUACAGGGAAUGAACAGAAGAUAACAGAGGACAAUAGCACAGGGAAUGAGCUGACAAUAACGAAGAAUGAAACCACAGGGAAUGAGCACAAGAUAACAGAGGAUAAAAGCACAGGGAAUGAACAGAAGAUAACAGAGGACAAUAGCACAGGGAAUGAACAGAAGAUAACAGAGGACAAUAGCACAGGGAAUGAACAGAAGAUAACAGAGGAUAAAAGCACAGGGAAUGAACAGAAGGUAACAGAGGAUAAAAGUACAGGGAAUGAGCAGAAGGUAACAGAGGACAAUAGCACAGGGAAUGAGCAGAAGAUAACAGAGGACAAUAGCACAGGGAAUGAGCAGAAGAUAACAGGGGACAAUAGCACAGGGAAUGAGCAGAAGCUAAUAGAGGACAAUAGCACAGGGAAUGAACAGAAGAUAACAGAGGACAAUAACACAGGGAAUGAACAGAAGAUAACAGAGGAUAAAAGCACAGGGAAUGAACAGAAGAUAACAGAGGAUAAAAGUACAGGGAAUGAGCAGAAGGUAACAGAGGACAAUAGCACAGGGAAUGAGCAGAAGAUAACAGAGGACAAUAGCACAGGGAAUGAACAGAAGGUAACAGAGGAUAAAAGUACAGGGAAUGACCAGAAGGUAACAGAGGACAAUAGCACAGGGAAUGAACAGAAGAUAACAGAGGACAAUAGCACAGGGAAUGAACAGAAGGUAACAGAGGAUAAAAGUACUAGGCUUGAGCAGAAGAUAACAGAAGACAAAAGCUCAGGGCAUGGGCAGCAAAAACAGAGGUCAGUGGUUUAGGAGAUAAGCAGACAAGGGUUUACAACAGAUCAGGGAAUAAGCAGACUACAGAAAACACUAGCUUUAUAAACCACAAACACGCAAUAGCAGAUGCUGAAAAUAUGAAGCUGAUAACAGAGGGCCCUAGCAUAAAAAAUGAGAACAUGACAACAGGGGUCACCAGCCUAAAAAAUGCUAAAUUGCUGACACAGUCGGAACAACCUGAAAGCCCCAAAAAUGCAGAGGAGCAGAGAUUGUUGUGAGGACCCAGAGACAAGGAGGAGCCUCAAUCUGUUUGUUGCUGCUUCAUCUGCUGGUUCACACAUUACACAUGAAUCACACCCAAGAAUUUACAUGUCUACUUAGAGGGAUUGUCUAUGUUGGGCAUCUUGCCCACUGUUUUCUCAGAGAUGUAACCGAUGCCUAUGUUUAAAAAUAAUCUUGUGGUCAUUUCUUACAUUAUUGCUCCUUAAAGGAGAACUCUGGAGCAGCAAAACAUAUCCCCUAUCCUAAGCAUUUCUAUGGGAGAGCUGGAGCGCUGCCCUCGGCAAUCUCCAUCUCUUCCAUAGAGCUGCAUUGAGAGGGCGUGUCGGCUGCCGCUUUGUGUGGUGGUCGAAAUGCCCUAUUCUGGAGGUGAGCUGGGACCUCGUACAGGAGAUUCUCAGGAUAGGGGAUAAGUUUUGCUAUCCUGGAGUUCUCCUUAACUCCUUAAGGACCAGGCCCAUUUUGGCCUUAAGGACCAGACCAAUUUUAUUUUUGCAUUUUUGUUUUUUCCUCCUCGCCUUCUAAAAAUCAUAACUCUCUUAUAUUUCCAUCCACAGAACAAUAUGAGGGUUGUUGUUUGCGUCACCAAUUGUACUUUGUAAUUACAUCACUUAUUUUACCAUAAAAUGUACGGCGCAACCAAACAAAUAUUAUUUAUGUGGGAAAA